AUUAAAAGAAACCGUAUGUUUGAUUCUUGAAGUUGAAGAGAUAGGCAUUGAGAGGUGAAAACGAACUGCUCCACUGAAUUCUUCUCCCUCUCUUUCUCACACACACCACCAACAAUGGCGGUAGCUCAAGUUUCUUCCUCACUCUGCAUCUCCACCGCCGCUAGAAUUUCCAGCGUUCCACAGUUCACAUCAUCCAGUUUGCCUCGAAUUGGAACAACCUUCACUUCUGGUUCACCUCUCAUAAUAUGCAGAAUUCAUCAUCAGAAGGCCAUAGUACCUAAAGCAACAUCAUCAUUUUCUGUGAAAUGUGAGCAAAGUAGCAAAGAUGGAAAUGGUUUAGAUGUGUGGCUUGGACGCACAGCAAUGGUGGGAUUUGCAGUGGCAAUUACUGUUGAAAUUUCAACAGGGAAAGGGCUUCUUGAGAAUUUUGGACUCUCAUCACCUUUGCCAACAGUGGCAUUAGCAGUGACUGCACUUGUGGGAGUUCUCACAGCAAUUUUCAUCUUCCAAUCUGCCUCUGAUAAUUAAUUAAUACAUAACUUAAUGUUUUAUAAAAAAAAAUUGUGUAUUUAUUUUCUUUCUUUACAUUCUCUUUAUUUUCUGUAACUUCAUGUUAUAACUUUUUGAUGUGGGUCAACAACAAUGUAGGGUUUAUAUUGUUCUUUGAAUGAAUUGGUAAACAAAUUCUACAUUCAAUAAA